AUGAGCAGUGCGUCGGACAUUGCAAAGCAAGCGCGUGAAGCGUUUGACGAGGCGCAGAAGCGGUUAUCGUCGCAUGGUGCUGCUGAGGCAGACGCUGCCCGCUCGAAGGCGCUGACAUUUAUUUGUGAGGCGCUCGAAGCUGCGCGGGAUGAAAUCCAGGCAGCAAACCAGCAGGACGUGGCUGAGGCCAACGAACUCGUGGCGCAAGGCAAGCUAUCUAAGCAGCUUGUCUCGCGUCUCGACCUGUUCAGCAAGCCCGGUAAGUGGGAAUCGAUGCUUCAGGGUGUAUCAGAUGUCGCUGCUCUCCCAUCGCCGCUCGAUGUGUGCACACGAGCGACUCGGUUGGCGGACAGCGUGCCAGCGGUAGGCGAGCGCGCAGCGACAGGCUCGCUGGACUUGUACCGUGUGACCUGUCCGAUCGGUGUCCUGCUGUGCAUUUUUGAGGCGCGCCCUGAAGUCAUUGUGAACAUUGCGAGUCUCGCUAUCAAAUCGGGCAAUGCAGCGAUCCUCAAAGGCGGCAAGGAAUCCAAGCAUACGGCAGCUGUGCUGGCACGCUGCCUCGCGACCGCGCUGGAGAAGAGUGAGUUGCCGCGGUACCUUGUGCAGACGGUUCAAACGCGUGAUGAGAUUCAAGCGCUGCUGCAUGAAGACCGCUAUAUUGAUCUAGUCAUCCCUCGUGGAUCCAAUGCGUUGGUCCGCAGUAUCCAACGUGAGGCUCGUAUGCCUGUCAUGGGCCAUGCUGAUGGACUAUGUGCUGCUUAUGUGCACGAAGACGCACAUGCGAAGCUGACUAUCGAGACCCUAUUGGAUGCGAAGCUGGACUACCCAAGCGCCUGCAAUGCCAUUGAGACGUUGCUUGUACACCGCCAUCAUCUUUCGUCUGGCCUCUGGGUAGCGAUUGCGCAAGCCAUGACGCAAGCAGGCGUACGUCUACACUGCGAUCCUACGUCUCUGGCUGCCCUGCAAGGGCAGCUGGACGUGCAUGCUCAGUCGCUUCUGAGCGCUGCGACCGAGGCGGAUUACGAUACAGAGUUCCUUGAUCUGGAUUUGGCUGUGCGUGUGGUCGACAGUGUCAAUGAAGCCGUGGAUCAUAUUAACCAGCAUGGCUCUGGCCAUACAGACAUUAUUCUCUGUGCGCCCCUGCCUGUAAAGCGCACCUCGUCGUCGGCGCAGAGCGAAUCCGCCGCGGACGUUUUUACCCGCUCGCUCUCCUCGUCGAGUGUCUUUGUGAAUGCCUCGUCUCGUUUUGCAGACGGCUUCCGUUUCGGUUUCGGCACAGAAGUGGGGAUCAGUACAGGUCGGACGCAUGCGCGAGGUCCUGUUGGCCUGGAAGGGUUGGUCAUCUACAAGUAUGUCCUACGUUCGUCGGGCGAGGGUGCACAGACCGCGGGGGCCUUUGCGCCUGGUGAGCAUCAGCGUGCCUGGUCGCACACGCCUUUGGAGCCUGUAUACCCUACACUUUAG